CUGACAGUACUGGGUCUGCCAUAGUGGUGUUUGGUGUGCCAGUCCACCUCGGUGUGUGUGUUGUUUGUUACUCUAUGGUGUUGGAUACUAACUUAUUCCCUGAUCUGUUGUCAAUUUGUUGACAUUUAUUUGUUUUGUGGGUACAAGGAGUGUGCAGACUUAGUGAAUAAACAUGGUGUACAAUUAUACGAAACCCCGGGGGCCUAUUGCUGCCAUGUACAGCAGCCCUGGCCCAUGUUACGGACUUCCUGGGUUAGUCGGACAAAAGUUUCAUGACCCUAGGAGUCUGCAUAAUAAGGGACCAGCUUAUCCCUUUGGAAUUCGUCACGGAAAAUUCAGGGAUGACUGCAGCCCUGGCCCCUGCUACUUGCUUAACCCUAAGGUGUAUAAAGAUGGUACUGAUGGUACCCCCAGCUAUUCUCUGUAUGGAAGAAAAAAGGACCUCUCCGUGUUCAAAGUGCCAGGUCCUGGUGCAUACAGCCCAGAGAAGGCUGGACCUACCUCCCAUCACAGACACCCAGCACACAGCUUCGGCACACGUCACCAAAACAGGAAGACAGAUAACACACCAGCUGCUAACAACUACACCCUUCCUGAUAUGACUGGCAAAACUGUGCAGAGUGGAAAGAAACAGUCUCCAAUCUACUCCAUGACUGGCCGCCAAACACAGGGAGGCUUCGGUGAAGAUAUGGCCAAGGCCCCGGGACCCGGAACAUAUGGUACCACCGAUCCCAAUGCAUACAAAUCCAAAGCUGCUCUGUACAGCAUGACAAGUAGAAAUAUGAUGCCUGGUGACACCACAAAGAAACCAGGACCUGGUGCUCACUCACCAGAAAAUGUCUACAUCAAUAAGAAACAAAAUCCUACAUUCUCAUUUGGAAUCCGUCAUUCACAAUACUUGGCACCAUUAAUAGUUGAUGUCCAGGACUAGAUUUUGAAAUUGGAAACACGAUUUUGGAUGAUAUAAAUUUCGGACAAAAAACCUGUUUUAUUUACAGUUUACAACUACAGUUGAAAUCUGUGCGAUAACAUUUACAUUCCUGCCAAUAUAUUUCAGAAAUAAUGUAUUUAAUUUUUUUUCCUUGUUGAUGGAACAUUUCCAUAGUCUCUUUCUGUCCAUAGCUCUGGCUGUGAUAUUUCCAGGAUGUUUAACUAUAUAUGUUUAGAAUUAUAGUUACUGUAACUGUUGUCUUUAAGUUUAUUUAAAUUUUGUGGUAAAUGUUUAUUUUUCCCCAGUGAGUAAAUAACUAUAAUAAAACCAGAGCUCAGAACUUGCGAGGUGAAAUUUUGUCAGUAUUAAUGAAAUGUCACAUUCAGGGUCAAAUUUGUUGGAACUUUAAAGAGAAUUUAUUUCUUUAUAUUUAUAUGUUACUGUAGUCAACGCGUGUAGAACUAUUUUUCUUUCGAUAGGAAAAAUGAUUUUGAAGUUUUUAUUGUCACGUUUGUAACGUAGACCUUCUUUUUACUUUUGUGAUAUCCUUGAGUACUGGUCAUGUUUUUUGCACACAUACAUUCUGCAUACACAUCAAGUCAUCUGUAUAUUAUACCUGAUCUUUUAUUGAUGUUCAGAUAGCAAGUAUAUUUAUGAAAAGAAUAUUUACAUAUUUAAUUAUUUCAGUUCUCUGUAUAUAAACAUUUUUAUAGAUUCUUUAUCUUGUGGGUAUACAGCAAUCUUUCCUGGCUUAUACAUUGUAGUAUAUAUACUAAUGCUAUCACAUGUGUGUGUGACUGUAUGGAUGCAAUUUCAAGUAUUAAAAAGCAUUAUGAUAUCAUGUUCUGAUCCUAAGGGUUAUGUAUACAGCAUGAUGUAAUUUGCCAAAUUUCAGCCUGUAAUUCUUUCAAAUCAUGGUUUAUUCUGUAAUAAGUAUUAUUUCAACAGUAUAAGUAUUAUAAAUUCUGGAAAAAAUUUUCUCGCUCACAAUUAUGAUCAAAAGAUAAUCGGUAUUAGAAGUUCGAAAAGCUGUGAUUUUUGAUCAAAUUAAUGAUUAUAAGCAUGGUAAUACUGGACAAUCCACGAUUAGAUUAUUUAUACAUUGCUCAAUACGAUGCAGAUUGUGGUCUACAUCUGUGUAGAUUAUGAGUGGUAGAUUGUUUUUUCUUAGUGCACAGUACAGGCACCUGAUAUCAGUAUUGUAAAGUCCAUCGUUAAUAAAGAGCGGCACAAAUGUAGCAUAAUGUAUGUUUUGUUUUAUAUGUGCUACCUUUCGUGGAGAAUGACUAACAGAUAAAUAAAUUGCCUUCAUGAUA